GUUCAGUGAUUCGGGUGAUUCGUCAACCAUUUACGGAGCUGGAAAGAAAAAUCUUGUUUUUGUAAAGCGUUUUGUGCAAUAUUUUCCAGCUCAACGCUGGAUGGUGACUAAUUUAUUCUCGAAGACGAGAAUCGAAUGUGUCGUUCCAUUUUGUCAAUAUCGACAGCCAUACCAGAGGGCAUUUGAAGUGUUAAUUUUGUAUUUUGAUUCGCCUUGGAUGUUGCAACUUUAACAAGCAUCCCACGGUCAAUCAACGAGAAAUAAGCAUAAUUUCGCAUCGUUGCAUUUGAAGGUGGGCGCAAAGAGGAGAAUAAAACGACGGACGGUCGUUUCGGAAGGCAGCGGACUGGACUAAUUACUCUUUCGUUGGUUGGUGUGAAGGAUUUGGAACAUUGGUCGGUUCAGCGGAAUGCCCCCGUAUCGAUAUCCAACACAGAACUUCACGUACGUGAGUUCGUGCGUAAAAUAUAUGAUAUUUUUGCUGAAUUUCAUAUUCUGGCUGUUCGGAGGUCUGCUGAUCGGAAUCGGAUUCUAUGCCUUCGUGGAUAAAUGGCAGGCCACCGGAUUGAUCAAGCUGGAGACAGUGUACGAUAUAGUGCUGAAUAUUUCGCUGGUGAUGAUUAUUGCCGGAGGAAUUGUAUUCGUAGUCAGCUUUGCAGGAUGCUUGGGAGCUUUGCGGGAAAAUACCUGCUUGCUUAAAUUCUACUCAUUGUGUUUGUUGAUGUUCUUCCUGUGCGAAAUGGCAGUGGCCAUAGUUGGAUUCGUUUUCCCCCACAAGAUGAACAUUGUGCUGGAGGAUUCCUUCACGGAUAAGAUAAUAACCACCUAUCGGGAUGAUCCGGAUCUGCAGAACUUUAUCGACUUCGCCCAGCAGGAGUUUCACUGUUGCGGAUUGAGCAAUGAAGGUUAUUUGGAUUGGGGUAAGAAUGAGUACUUCAACUGUUCAUCGCCCAGCGUGGAGAAGUGUGGUGUCCCGUACAGCUGCUGCAUAAAUGCCACCGACAUCUCGUCCGGUCUGGUUAACAUAAUGUGCGGCUACCACAUCCAGCAGCAGUCGGUGGCCGCUGCUAGUAAAAAGAUCUGGACCAGCGGUUGCAUCGAGAUUGUUCGCGUCUGGGCCGAGCGGAAUCUCUAUCUGAUAGCGGGCAUUGCGCUCGGGGCCGCCCUCAGUCAGCUGUUCGUAAUUUAUCUGGCCAAAACGCUGGAAGGUCAGAUCGAUUUGCAGAAAAGUCGCUGGUCGUCGUGAGCUUACGUUGGCUGGGGCGGUGGACGGGCGAUUUAAGUGCGCGUGCGCAAGACGAUAAAUGAACUGAAAGACUAUGCAUCUAGAUUCCACUGAUAUCCGAGUAAUAUGGAGCUGUAAAACAUGGUGAUGACUCUUACGUUUUUGGUGAUGACCGAAAAAAACUCGUAAUUGUAGAUUGCAUACAUAUAUGAAAUCCCGAGAGUAAUUUCCAGUAAGUUGAAUAACUCAAUGAAAGCCACAUAUUAUAGCAUCUAGUGUUCCCUCUUUAGAAUAUCUAGUGUUUAUGUUCCAGCGAACUGUAGAAUUACAUAUAAAACAGAAAGACACAAAUCUCCUCACACGUAAAUGACUACGACGACAGGACGCUUAACAAGUUAGAACUCAUAUAUUUUGGAACUCGAGAGAGUAUUGCAUUUUAAACCAGAGAAUAUUUUCAAACUACUGAGAUUACUUCGAAUAGAAAACAAAACACUAAUAACCGACUGACUGCCUAUUUUUCGAGCGAGUAAUUUCCGUGGAAAUCCCAACUGAAACUAGCGUUGCACUGAUGUUGAGCGAUCACAUUCGGUGGUCAACGAUUUAUUGAAUGCUCGAGUGAUGAAUGCUUCCUGCAAUAUCUUUUUAGAACGAGCGAACAUCUCAAAAGUAUUAUAGAAAAAAAUGGAUUCUCAUAGAUGUUCAGGACUUUUUUACACGGUUUUAAAAACGAUCCUCCAAUGUUUUGCUUGAUUUAUUUUAUGUUUGGCAAGAUUUUACUGAUAAUAAGUCUGGCUGUCUGCAUUUCAGUUUUCUCUUCGUAGAUCUUAUGUUAAUCAAUGCAGUGUUACGUUCCUUAUAUCAUUCUAACUCUCUAAACUGACACAAACUUUAUUACAAAUAUGAAUCUGAAUUAUCAUUAAACUCACGAAUGUGUUUCACUUUAGUAUCUUUAAGUAAGAGGUCAUAAAAGAUGAUUGUAAUACAUAUAUCUAUAGAUAGCUAGAAAGCAACAAAAGCAAAUGCAGUCGAUGGCUUCUUUGAAGAAAAGAGAGAUGGCUAUUAGUGGUGAGGAACGAAACAAUUCCACUGAGAAGACAUAAUUAGAAUUAUAUAAUUAUAUAUUACAAGCUAUGUCAUUAUUUGUAAAGCUCAAAGAUAGCAUCUAGAAUUUCCGAUGACAAAAAAAAUAAAUGAAUAAAUUUUACUCUGGUGUCAUACAAAAA